CAUGUUAACUCGUGCAGCUCCGGCAGCUGGAUGGAGGCACAGACCCAGUGGCCGCGACGCGCGCAUUCAUGAUUCAAGUUGGAGCCCCGAGACGCGGACGUUCUUCUCCGCUGUGGAUCAGGGGCGUCUCUCUCUCAUUCUCGCUCUCAAUGUCACUCUCCUUGCAGGUUUCUCAGAUUCCCAGUGGACCUCAGCUGUUGACACGACGCAGAGACGCUCCCGAACCCCGGACGGGCUGCAGUCCGGAUACUGGGGGCGGAGCCUGGAGUCCAACCCCAGACACCACGCGAUCAGCCCAUGCCCCAUGCGUCAUUCCUGGCUCCGGCUUCCUUGUCUUGGACUGGUCUGUUUUCUUGAUUACAGGUUUGCUGGCUUGUCUGCUUGAAGCCAAUGCCGUUGUCCGCCGCUUCGCUUGUAUUCCUGGUUGCCGGCUUGGAGGGCUUACCUCGUAUGGCUGUGACUCGGCUACGCUGAUCUAUAAAUCGACCUGAGCCCGGCUGUUUUCCUGCAGUUCUGUUACACAUUGGCAUUGUGCUCUCCCCUUUCCUUCUUUAUCUCUUCUUGCGGUAUCUUUGUCCUUACUCCCUGAAGAUGAAAGACGCCCAUGACACUGCCUCCAUGGCUGAGGUAGAGGACGUCGAGGGCAAGCCUGCUACCACCCAGGAUGCUUUGGCGGCUAGCUACAUCCCAGGGACUGACGAAGAGAAGAAGCUGGUCCGGAAGAUUGACCUAUACCUGCUACCAUGCAUCUGGUGGGUGUCCACCCUGACUGACGCAUACCAGACUAACCAUCGUUAGGAUCAUGUACCUGCUGAGUUACAUGGACAGAACCAAGUAAGUCACA